AUGAUUAUUUUCAUUAGUGCAAUCUUAAAUGUUGUAAAUUCUUUUGUUGGAGAUCAAACAUGUUCAAGUAAAGUUACUUAAAGUACUUGUUAAAAUCUUGGAUAUUGCUUUUGGGAUGGUUCAAUUUGUCAAGUCGAAGACUGCUAUAAAAUUGAUGAAAUAGCAGCCUGUAGAACAAAUGGAGUAUUACAUAUACCUCCAUCAAUAAUUUGCAAUUCAAUAGAAAUGGAUGCAUAUUACUAUCAAAUAUAUGCUAAUGUAUGUAAUGAUCCAAGUGAUGAUCCUAAUGAAUUAGUUUAACAUUAUAUUAGAUAUUAAGAACCCAAAAGUGGAUAUCCUGAUAAAAGUUCAGAUGGAGUUACCUUAGCUUUAUGGAAUACUCUUUUCCCACAAUAUGGAUAUAUAAGUUAAAUCUAUACAAUUUAGAUCUUAAAACAAAAUAUGGUGCAAUUAGAUUAGACUCUAGACAUAUAUAUCAAAUAUAGAUCCUUAUUUUUAUACGAUACUUAUUGGACAUAUGAUCAAGAGAAAUCAAUCAGUUAUAUGUUUUAAUAAUUGAGAGUAAUUUAUAAUUAAUAUUUUGAAAGGAUGAUACAACUUUAAUAAACACAAAUAAAUAACCAAUGAUUACAAAAUUAUGGUAGAUUGUAGAUAACUUAUUAGAAAGAUUUAGAAUAAUUGGUAAUAAUUAUACAGCAAUUUAUCCACUGUAUAGUAUAAGUUAAGUUUCUUUAUCCAGAUAGAAAGUGGAAUUGUCAGGUCAUAAACAUGUAGCCACUUUUAAAUGGACAUAAUAUUUAUAUAAUGGAUAUGUUUAGCUUCUGGGUUAUGAUUUACAUUAAUUUGGUUUUGUUGGUCAGUUGACAUAAGUAUAUGAAAUCAAUGUUUAUGAAUCUGGACACACCCCAUUAAGUUUGACUUAUGGAAUCAUAUUCACCUUUCCUUAUGAUAUAUCUUUAAUCCCAGUACCAUAAUUAAUAUAUCUCUAUUCUUUCAAUAAAGCAACUCUUUAAGAAACUUUAAUAAGAUAAUUAUCAACAGGAGCCUUUGGAGAUUGUAUUUAUGAUUCGGAUACUAAAAAAACUACUUGCCAAAUUUAUCCCUUAUCAAUAAAUACAUAAUAUUUCAUUGGCACAACAUUAACAACUUGUACAAGUAUUACUAAGAGAUAUCAAUGUAAAUAACCUCGAUGUUUAUGGACAGGCUCAAUUUGUACAAAUAAUGUUCCAUGA